GGAGUCUAUCUGGACAGACAUUGACGUCCUCUUCAAGUCUUCCAUGUUCACCUACGACCCGGAGAACUUUCCAGACCUGCCCAAGCUGGUCAACACCCUGAGGACACAGAACAGGCAGUUCUUCACUAUACUGGACCCAGUGGUGGCGGUCAACAGCAGUUUGAUCCAAGAGGUACAAGAUCAAUUCCCGGGCUACGACAUGCUGGAGUCAGGCAACCAGGCAGAUAUUUGGGUCAAGGACGCGGCCAAUGACACACUGCUAGGGGAGGUGUGGGCCGGACCGAGUGCGUUCCCAGACUUCACAAACCCGGCUAGCCAGUCGUGGUGGAGCAGAUGGAUCAACUUCUACCGUGCUCUCAGUGCAGGGACAGGGACGAUGGACGUGCGGGCGCUGUGGCUGGACAUGAGUGAACCGUCCAGUUUCACCCCCGGAGUCUGCGGCAAGAACCAGUGGAAUUAUCCCCCUUACGUACCAC